AUGCACUCGCUGCCCGCAAGUCGAGCCCCAAACAACACUCUGUUUUGCGGGCUGAUAUCCUCAAGCAUGUCGGCUCUUGCCAAUGCUAUUGCCGCCAUCGACAACCUGGGCGCGAUCCCGCCUCUCACCGCCGAUGACGAAUGGCGUUCCCUAAGUGCCUGCAUUGUGGCUGUACUUGCGUGCCUGAAGCACAAGCCUAGCACACCACAGCAGCCAGAUGACAGCGCCUCGGUCCAGAAUCUUUGUGACUACGUUGGCCGCAUUAUCUCUCCCUGCCCAAAUGCUGAUGCAGAUGAUGAUGUUCCGGAGUACGAGCAGGUUGCCCAACGCAGCCGCGAGAUAGCUAUCUAUGGCCUCAGCAUUCUGCAGAUCUUGAACGCAGAGCACUCCGCCAAGUUCAGCCUUGACACGCUGCUCACUGUUAUCUCGUUCACUAACCCCACCUUAACGGACCCGUGGACAACACAGGAGGCAUGCGGUGUUGCACAAAGUCUCUUGUCAGAGCAGCUCCUGCACCAUUUCAACCAACCUGUCCUGCUUGAAACCAUCCUGAAGGACUACCUUCGUCCUGCAUUCUCCAAGUCAAGGCCCAAGGCCGUCACCGCUUCGGGGAGAAAGUCAGAGUUCCCCGAAGAAGAUGAUCCCCAUCGCGGUCUAUCAGAUGAUACCAAAGAAGUGAAGCCGUGGAAGUAUGCGGAUCAUCGCGCUAUCACGGUCUUCCACUGGGUUGUCCUGACCACAGGUCCUGAUUUCAUCAGCAAACAAUGGCCUCUUUUCAUUCCUGUUCUUUUGGCGCUCUUAGAUGAUGGCACAACGAGGGUUCGGAAGCAUGGUCUUCUCAUAUUGGACGCUUUCUUGGCGAGGUUUCCAGCGAACAUACUCCGUGAUACCGGGCUGACUAGCGUUUUCGAAGAUGCAGUCUUCCCUACGCUACACUUCCUGCCGAGCAUCACGCCAGAGGAAGAAUCCAUCAUUCUGCUUGAAGCGGCUUAUACAGCCUUGCUGAGUCUGGCUAGCAAGACGGACACCAGAGCUGGAAAGUCAGAGCCAUACGGUGGCUCUCCGAAGGCAAAACUUCUUGACAAGAUGCUGCGCGAUGGUGUGUUCUCGGCCUACUUCCAUGUCAAAGACCAUGUCCGUAUCGUCGAAGUACUUUUGAUGCAGACAGCCAAAAUAGUGGAUGAGAUGCGCAUCCACUCCGUCAAGCACCUCAAGGAUCUUAUACCCAUGCACACCGAAGUCAUGACAAAUCCUUUCGCCGCCCUCGCUCCCUCCACAUUAUCCGCCGCGAUCGAGGGCCUGCAGGCCCUCAUCGCAAACUGCUGGCCGCGUCUCUCGACGCCUGCCUACCAGGACGAGCUCAUCAAGGCGCUUGUCGUAUGCUACCUAACGGUGCACGACGAGCAGGACCAAUUGGGCACGCGCUUCGCAGCCAUCGAUGCCGACCUGGUCAAGACGGCGUCCAUGCUCACGGUCGCGACGCGGGGCGCAGGAGGUGAAGCUGUGGACGAUCUGGGAGACAAGGCGGCGAUGCUGAUUGCGAAAGAGCCGCUCCUUGCGGAGCUGUUUAAGUGA